GAACUCAAUCUCCACAGUGCUGUUGGCAAGCGCAGGGAUGCUAUUUUGGUCAGUGUGUAUGGGCUUAGCUUAAGUGGCAUGAGCCAAACCCCUGCCCUACUGACCUCUUCCCUGGAGGAGCACAACAGGCCUCAGGCCCACCCUGGGCAGGGAUAAGAGGCAGACUCUAACUGAGCACUCAAAGACGGCAGAACUCCAGCCGCAGCUUGAGCCUCCCACAGCAAUGAAGGGACAGAGUCUAGACCAGUUUUGACAUUAGCAGAAGGGGCCCAGACGGAGGCUGACACACCUCAGCAGAGUGAGUGGGGCUGCAGUCCUAGGUUCCUCUAAUUCCACAGCAUCUAAAAACCAGAAAAACAUACGAUGUCUCAGACAGACCAGCCGAGGCGGUCCACCCAGAACGCCACGAUGGCCCCAAGGCCCGUGUUCAGGAACAUCCAGGGGGUGCUGCAGAGGGAGAUGGUGCGGGAGUUCCUGGCCGAGACCAUAAGCACCUAUGUCAUGAUGGUGUUUGGCCUUGGUUCCGUGGCUCAUAUGGUUCUAGGAGAACAAAAGAUGGGGAGCUUUCUUGGUGUCAACUUGGGUUUUGGCUUCGGAGUCACCAUGGGCGUGCACGUGGGAGGCGGCAUCUCCGGAGCCCACAUGAACGCGGCCGUGACCUUCGCCAACUGUGCAGUAGGCCGGAUGCCCUGGAGGAAGUUCCCCCUGUACGUGCUGGGCCAGUUCCUGGGCUCCUUCUUAGCUUCAGCCACCACCUACUUACUAUUCUACGGUGCCAUUGAUCACUUUGCGGGCGGAGACCUGUUGGUGACUGGUUCCCUGGCCACUGCCAACAUUUUUGCCACCUAUCUUCCUGAUCACAUGACCUUGUGGCAGGGCUUCCUGGAUGAGGUGUUCUUGACCGCGAUUCUCCAGCUAUGUCUCUUCGCCAUCACAGACAAGAAGAACAACCCAGCGCUUCAGGGGACUGAGGCCCUAGUGAUAGGCGUCCUUGUUUGCGUCAUUGGGGUGUCCCUAGGCAUGAACUCAGGAUAUGCCAUCAACCCAUCCCGUGACCUGCCUCCCCGCUUCUUCACUUUCAUUGCUGGCUGGGGCAAACCAGUGUUCAGAGCCGGGAACAAUUGGUGGUGGGUACCAGUGGUGGCACCCCUCCUGGGCGCCUACAUAGGUGGCAUUGUGUACCUGGGCCUAAUUCACUCCAGUAUACCACAGGGACCUCAGAGUUUGGAGAAUGCUGAAGCAGGAGACCAGAAGAUAACCGUGUCAUCCAAGGCUCCCCCUAUGCCCAUCUCCACGACCCCAGCUUCCACCCAACCUGCUCCACCCCCAAGUGACUCUGUGCCUGUAGAGCGCUUCUAAGCAGAGCUAUCUGGGACCAUGUCCUUACGUCAAUAAAGCACACCUCAAACGUG